GCAUCGUUUGCAUUUAAUACACGGUGUCGGCAUUGAGAGUAAGCAGCUUGACGAGACUAUGUUCCGUGGAGGUCGAGGAGGAGGUUUUGGCAGAGGUGGUUCUCGGGGAGGAAGAGGUGGAGGAUCUUUUCGAGGUGGUCGCGGCGGUGGAGGUGAUAGAGGCAACAGAGGGUAUGAUCAAGGUCCUCCAGAAACUGUGACGCCUUUAUGUCAUUUUGAAUGGACUGUUCAGGAUGAUAUCGUUGCAAAAGCAGAUAUUGAACAAGUUCCUUUCUUUAAUGCUCCAAUCUAUAUGGAGAAUAAGCAGCAAAUUGGGAAAAUAGAUGAAAUCUUUGGCAACGUUAGGAAUUAUUACGUCUCGAUAAAGUUAUCAGAGAAUGUGAAAGCUUCCAGUUUUGAGAAGAAUACAAAGUUAUAUGUUGACCCAAUGAAACUAUUGCCACUGCAAAGAUUUUUGCCUAAACCUCCUGGGGAAGUGAAACGAUUAGGUGCCCGUGGUGGACGACGAGGUAUGGGCGGACAUGGUGGUCCAAGAGGAGGAGGAAGAGGAGGUGGUCGAGGAUUUUUUGGCGGAAAUAGGGGAGGAGGUAGCAACAGUGGAUUUAGAGGAAGAGGAGGUGGCGGUGGCGGUGGCGGGGGUGGUGGUUUUAAUCGUGGAGGUGGAAGAGGUCGAGGACGUGGAAAAUGGAAAUCCUUUCUGCCCCUUGGAUGAUUCAAAUUCCGCUCCAUUCCCGCCGCUAGUACCCCGCGCGGCCGGUGAGGGCAGUAGGU